ACCGACCAAACGCAAACGCCAUUAUUGGCGACGAUGGCCUCGUCCGUGCUCCGGUCGCCCGAACUCAUGGAGACCAUCGUGUCGUACCAAGAAGGACUACCGCAAGACUUGGUGGUCAUCCAGCGCCUCGCCGACGCCGUCGCGCUCACACCGUGCCGGCUAUUCACGAGCGACGACGAACCAGGAUACCUUGCCAACGUCCCAGUCCGGUUUGGGUCGCUACCGUACCUUCAGCGCUACCCCCACCCAACGACCAAGCUUCCUCAUCACGCGCUCUUUGUCUCGCCAUACUUCUACGACCGAGCCCUUGCGCUCCACCUCUCGGUUGUCGAAGGUGACGUGGCCCUCGUUCAACGCUGGCUGCGAUGGGAUGCCUCACUGUGUACGUCGGCGACGCUGGAGCUUGCUGCUGCUGCGUCUCAAGGUCCGAUUCUGCGUCUUCUUUUCGAGCAGUUUCCAGCGCUGGCCACACCCAAGAUGAUGGACCUUGUCGCCAUGUCAGGUGACCUCGAGCUUUUGAUGUGGCUUCAUGAAGCGGGUGCUAUAUGCUCGACUGCCGCGAUGGACGGCGCGGCCAUGAACGGUCACUACGACAGUGUCGUCUUCCUGCACUCUGCAAGGACCGAGGGCUGCACGAUCGAGGCGGCAAAUGGAGCAGCCGUCAAUGGCCACGCGUCGAUCGCUCGCUUUCUUCUCGAGCAGCGCACCGAAGGCGUCAACCCAUCGCUCUGGUUUAAACCCCCGCAUCGCGAGCACUUGACGCACAGUGUACGUGGCGAGUCGCACAUUGAGGCCGUCGACCUCGUCGCAGCGACCGUCGCGUUGACGGAAGUGGCGCUCGCAGUCGUCGUGGAGAACGCGGAUCUGGUGGUGAUGCAGCACGUCUACGCGCGUGGGUACCUCAAACGAAUGACCAAGCGACUGCUCGAGCUGGCCGUGUUCAACCAAGACCACGCGAUGCUGCGCUACGUCCUCGCCUGCGUCGAUCAAGAGAAUCCACGUCCCCCCAGCGAUGACGAGUGGCUGCCACACGACGUUGGCAGGUGCUUUUGGUUUGACAGAUGGGACAAUUGCCAAGUGAUGGAAGCUGCGGCCUUCAACGGCGACAUGACGUCGCUCGAGCUCUUGCACAAGAGCCGCCUUCGCGUCGGGUCGGAGCGAGCCAUCGUCUACGCGGCCUACGGCGGUCACAUGCACGUGCUCGACUGGCUGCUCAAGUACCGAAAUGACGGCUGUGCCGACGACGCGAUGGCUCUUGCUGCUGCUGCCGGCCAUUUUGACGUUGUGCGCUGGCUCCACGAGGUCUACGGUCUAUGGCGAACCAACACAGCCUUGGCCACGGCAGCCUACAUUGGCCACAUGGCGAUGGUGACGUACCUCUUGAGCGUACCGACAGGUGGCGUCGACAAUCAGAGUGACAGAGCCGACGGAUUCAGCACCAAUACAGCGAUCUUGCCGACGCAAGAGGGCUACCCGUAUCACGCCUCCAAUAAGUACGCCGUAGGCUCUGCGGUGUCGGCGGCAGCAAGCCAGGGCCACUUCGACAUUCUCAAAUUGCUCGUCGCGCGUGGCCAUCAAGUACAGCCGACUGCCAUCAACGAAGCCGUGUCGAAUGGUCACCUGACCGUCGUGCGCUACCUCCACGAGAGCUUCGGCCAGCACUGCAGCUUGCAAUCCCUCUUGGCUGCCUUUUGGGAUCGCCACAUCGAUACCAUGACGUACGUGCUCUCGCAUCGCUGCUGGCAAGUCGAGCCCAACAUGCGCACCGACCAGGGGUUCGACCGGAUGAUGCACAGUCUGUUCUUGGCCGCGGCGCACAGUGGCAGCCUUACCAUCUUGCAGCUCGUUUGCGACGCGCUCCAACUACAAGAGCCGACAACCCGACUGACGCAGCUGCCACGCCACGUCUCGGAGCGCAUGAUGCUCCGCGCGGCAGCCCAUGGCCACCUCGAUAUGCUCCGGCAUUUGCACGACGUCUUUGGCUUCGCAUGGACAGAAAUGGUGCAGGCUGUAGCCUAUCGUCACAACCGCAAGAAUGUACGGCGCUACUUGAGCUCGCUCGGAUUCGUCACGUUCGAGGUUGGCGACUCUCCCGUGGCCGUCGCCUUUGUCGCCGUCGCCGCCUACGGCGCCUGCAUCGCUGCCCUCGCAGGCUCCAUGUACGCUGAGCUCCUCGCUCUGCCAGAUGCGAUCUUGAUCGUGACGAGCGUCAUCGCCACCAUCGUUGCCGCCAUCGGUCUCGUGCAUCUCGUGUCGACGCGGGGCAACCCGUCGUACUCGGUGUGCCUCUGCCUUUUGUUUGUGGUCAUGGUUUGCUGCUGCACACUCUUGGCCUACGCCAUCAAAGCCAUUUCACUCAACACCAACGCGAUCGAGACCGCGCCGAUGCUCACGACGUAUCAGCACCUCAUGGAGGCGUACUACGCCUCGGAGAAGGCCCGCAAGUUCGAGUACGUUCAAACCCUCAGUGACUGGUCGCGCUGGUCAAAGCUUUUCAGCGACGAAUACCCGAGAAAGGCGGCGAAUGCGUUUACGGAUGCGUACUGCGUGAGUCAAGGCCACCGCUUCUGCGGCGCCUUGCCACUCGUGCAGACCAUUUUGUUCCCAGGCGUGUGGCCCCAGCCAAACGUAACGGCCGAGAUUGCGCGCACUUUCUCGACGCUUCCGGCAACGUUCCUCAACGUCACAGUGACAUCGUCGACGACCAUCAACAGUUUCUGCGCCGCUGUCAACCAGACGAGCCUGCUCCACAACGAGUCGAUGCUCGGUCCAGUGGCCAUCCAGCGAGCAAGUGAUUUCAAAAGUGAUCUCUCCAAUCUUUGCCGCGGUUGCGCCGCGCUCUCCAGCUUUAGCCCGGUCAAAUCCAAUGGCCUCGAGCGCUGGAUUCAUUCUACUGCUUCGUGUUCGAGUACCGCGCUCUCCUACUAUUCGUCGUCGUACUUGAACCCGUCGUUCGAUGCAUGCUUUGGCCAUGCGCUCAUGUCGGGUGCGCGUCCAUAUAUUCUGACGACCGCGAUCGCCUCGGGCGCCGUCACCGCCCUCUUGCUGCUCCUCAGUGCGCGUCUUUGGGUGCUACGCCGCGUUGUGCAAGCCCGUUUAGCGAUGGCGGGGGCCGUCGUUCACACACCAGUGGACUCAGCUUAACUGCAACAGAGUACAAAUUGUAAGCUUAUGUGUUCAUA